UGGACCCGCCCUGAGAGGAUGCGGUGCCGUGGCACCCGCUGGGACCGGCGCAGACAUGACCUCCGAACUCUACAGGACGAUCUCCGUGGCCCGGUCGGAGAGGCACAAGAACUUAUUCCUGAAUUACAGGAACCUUCAGCACUUCCCGCUGGAGCUGCUGAAAGAUGAGGGCCUGCAGCACCUCCAGAGACUCUACUUGAAACGCAACUCACUCACCACCCUGCCAGAAAACCUUGCUCAGAAGCUUCCGAAUCUUGUGGAACUAUACCUUCACUCAAAUAACAUAGUCGUGGUCCCAGAAGCCAUCGGGACCCGGAAUCUCCAGUGCCUGGACCUCAGCGGCAAUGCCUUGGAGAUCGUCUGCCCGGAAAUCGGCCGUCUGAGAGCGCUGCGGCAUCUCCGGCUCGCCAACAACCAGCUGCAGUUCCUGCCUGCCGAGGUGGGCGACCUGCAGGAGCUGCAGACCCUUGACCUCUCCGCCAACCGCCUGCGAGCCCUGCCCGAGCGACUCCACCUCUGCCUGGCCCUGCAGUGCCUCACUGCCGACCACAACCGGCUCCGGAGCCUGCCGCGCCACCUCUGCCAGCUGCCCCGCCUCAACGAGCUCUCCAUGGCUGGGAAUCACAUCCUUUCUCUCCCCUCUCCCCCAGACUUAGGUCGCUCCCCAGAGCUCCAGUACGUGUAUGUGGACAACAAUGCGUCCCUGCAAGGGCUGCCUUCCUACCUCUACAACAAGGUCGUGGGGUGCAGCGGGUAAGGCCUCAGCCCCGACCAAGUCUCCGAGGUGACCCUGCUGGCCUUCUCCUCUGGGCAGCUCACGGUGGCCCUCCCCUCCGAGGUGAAGACUGUGGGGACGGAGCUCGACCCCGUGCUCCCGCUGCAUGAGCUGAGCCUCCGGGCACUGCACCAAGCCGGCACCGGCUCCCUGAGAGACUGGGCCGUGCUGUCUCCCACUUCGUUACCCAGAAGCCUCCUGGAGCUGCUGCGCUGUCCCCUGGGCCACUGUCACCGGUGUAGUGAGCCCAUGUUCACCAUCGUCUACCCCAAGCUCUUCCCCCUGCGAGAGACGCCCAUGGCCGGCCUGCACCAGGGGACAGCCAUGAGCUUCAUCGCCUACUGCUGCUCCGUCCGCUGCCUGCUGACCUUCGACCUGCUCAGCUGACUGCCGGACACUGAUGGUUACUCUCAUGGGUGCCAGGAGAGCCAGGUGAUAGGCACCAGCCUCCCCCUUUGGACCUCUUGCUGGCCUGGACUCUCAAAAACGAUGCUCUCCUCUGCCCCCGCAUUGGAAUAGAUCCCAGAUUCCGGCUCAGUUGUGUGUCCCCCUCCCCUGUGUCUUUCUACCUGGGCACCCCUUGGCCACCAUUGUGCUCGGGGCAUUUGCCUAGCUCGGUUUGUGGCCCUUAAGAACUUGGGCUUAAUACUGGCCACAUUCCCUCAAACAGGGCUACCCCAAAGA